CCUAGCCGAAGCUGCUACUUCAUACCCCAAAAGGCUGAGGGAGCAGACAAGAGCCUUGAACCUUGAGGUGGGUCGUUAACUCUAAGAUGUCCUUGAGCAGUGGAGCUUCCGGAGGGAAAGGAGUAGACGCGAACCCAGUUGAGACAUAUGACAGUGGGGAUGAGUGGGACAUUGGAGUAGGGAAUCUGAUCAUUGACCUGGACGCAGAUUUGGAGAAGGACCAGCAGAAAUUGGAAAUGUCGGGCUCCAAGGAGGUGGGGCUUCCGGCACCGAAUGCUGUGGCCACUUUGCCAGAGAACAUCAAGUUUGUGACGCCAGUACCGGGCCCACAGAGCAAGGAAGGCAAGUCCAAAUCCAAGCGGAGCAAGAGCGGCAAGGACAGUGGCAAAGCCGCCCCGGGAUCCUCUCUGUUCACUGCAAGUGAAGGGACCAGUGGCAAGAAGGAGGUUCAGGGGCGCCCUGGGGACGGUGUGAACUCUGGCGGCCUGGUGGCUGCCGUUGGCCCAAAGGGCUCGGAGAAAUCGGCCAAGGCUUCUCGCAGCGUGGCCAGUUCAAAGAAAGACAAGGAGGGUAGUUCAUCCAAGAGUAAGAAGGAAAGGACUGAGGGUGCAGGUGCUCCGGCAGAGAAGGAGCCCGGUGUACUUCAGCCUCUUGCCUUGGCUGUCAGGGUUGGGCAAUACGAUGGGGGCCAAGGAUCAGAGCCCGCUGCUGAGCAGCUUGGGAGUAUAGCUAUUGACACGGGACCUGCACUCAACCCUUUGGGAGUUAAAUCGGAGCUGGAAGAUGGCGACAGUGAGUGCCGGCAGCUCAAGAAGGUGAAAUCGGAGAAGAUGGAGUCUCCAGUGUCCACCCCCGCAGUGCUGCCACUGCAUCUUCUUGUCCCCGUUGUCAACAGUGAUAUCUCGUCACCGUGCGAGCAGAUAAUGGUACGCACUCGCUCUGUGGGGGUGAACACCUGUGACGUGGCCCUGGCUACCGAGCCAGAGUGCUUGGGCCCCUGUGAACCCGGUACCAGCGUCAAUCUGGAGGGCAUCGUGUGGCAGGAGACGGAGGACGGUAUGCUGGUGGUGAAUGUCACCUGGAGGAAUAAGACUUAUGUGGGGACGCUGCUGGACUGCACACAGCACGAUUGGGCACCACCCAGGUUUUGCGAUUCUCCCACCAGUGAUCUGGAGAUGCGGAACGGUCGUGGGCGGGGCAAGCGCAUGCGGCCCAACAGCAACCCCCCCAUGAACGAGAACACGGCAGCCUCCGAGAGCAAAGGGACCAGCAACAGUAGCAAAACUCGGGCAGGGGCCAACAGCAAGGGGCGGCGGGGUAGCCAGAACUCUUCCGAGCAUCGCCUCCCGCCCACUGGGACGUCUGAGGACGUCAAGGCCAGCCCCUCCUCAGUGACCAAGCGGAAGAGCAAGCCCCUCUCUGACCUGGAGGUGAACUCUAGCUCUGAGGACUCCAAGGGGAGCAAACGUGUCCGCACAAACUCCAUGGGCUCGGCUGCCACGCCGUUGGCAGUCGCAGCGGCUGCCGCGGCCACAGCCACCAGUGUCAAAUUGGAGCCCGCCAUUUUGGACAGGAACUGUCCCUCCCCAAUACUCAUUGACUGUCCCCACCCUAACUGCAGCAAAAAGUACAAGCACAUCAAUGGGCUCAAAUAUCACCAGGCCCACGCGCACACAGACGAUGACAGCAAGCCGGAGGCCGACGGUGAUAGCGAGUACGGGGAGGAGUCGUCUCUCCCAGUGGACCUUGGCAGCUGCAAUGGCGCCUCCGGUAGCCAGAAAGGCUCUCUGUCCCCAGCUCGGUCGACCACCCCCAAAGUGCGCCUGAUGGAGCCCCACAGCCCCUCGCCGUCAAGCAAGUUCAGUGCUAAGGCUCCUGGCAAGAAGAAGCUGGGUGGCGAAGGAGACCCCGACUCAGGUGCUCUGUCCAAUGACGGGUCCGAAGAUGGUCCUCUGGCAGCCGACGAGACCAGCAAUGACGGCUUUGACUCUGCGGAGAAGAGGAGCAGUGACAAAGAGAAGGCGAAGAAGCCUGUCAGCGUCAAGUCGGAGAAGGCCUCUUCCAAGAGCAUCAAGUCUGCACGACCCAUCGCCCCGGCCAUCCCACCACAGAUCUACACCUUCCAGACAGCCACCUUCGCUGCCGCCAGCCCCGGCUCCUCCACCGGCCUCACCACCACAGUAGUUCAGGCCAUGCCCAGCAGUCCCCAGCUGAAACCCAUCCAGCCGAAGCCGACCGUGAUGGGAGAGCCUUUCACUGUCAGCCCCGCGCUCACUCCUGCCAAGGACAAGAAGAAGAAGGACAAGAAGAAGAAAGAGUCCAAGGAAAUAGAGAGCCCUUUGACUCCCGGGAAAGUGUGUCGGGCCGAGGAAGGAAAGAGCCCCUUCCGGGGAGAGCCCGGGGACCUUGGGGCUAAAGGGGAGAGCCUUCUGAACGGCUCCUCCGACCCUCACCAAAGUCGCCUCGCGAGCAUAAAGGCCGAGGCAGAUAAGAUCUACAGCUUCACCGACAAUGCCCCGAGUCCGUCCAUUGGAGGCGCUAGCCGACUGGACAGUGCAGUGCCCGCACAACCCAUGACGCCUCUUCACGUGGUCACUCAAAACGGUGCUGAAGCCAAUUCUGUGAAAACCAACAGCCCCGCCUACUCCGACAUCUCCGACGCCGGGGAGGAUGGCGAAGGCAAGCUGGACAGCGUGAAGGCCAAGGACCCCGAGCAGAUGGGCAAGGACGGGGCCAAAAAGGCCCUCUUCCCCUCUCAGCCUCAGCCCAAGGACUCCCCCUAUUACCAAGGUUUCGAGGCUUAUUACUCACCGGGUUACGCGCAGUCGAGCCCUGGUCCCAUCAACCCCAGCAGCCAAGCCAGCGUGGACAGCCAGGCCCUGAAACUGAAGAAGGACGAGGAGCCGCCAAGCCCCGAGGUGAAGGUGAAGAACGAGACUUGCGAGGAGAAGAAGGCGGAGCUGGGCCCCUCCAGCCAGCAGCCCUCGGUCAUUCAGCAGCGGUCCAACAUGUACAUGCAGUCCCUCUACUACAACCAGUAUGCCUACGUGCCUCCUUAUGGCUACAGCGAGCAAAGCUAUCACGCCCACCUGCUGAGCACCAACCCCACCUACCGGCAGCAGUACGAAGACCAGCAGAAGCAGCGCCAGAGCCUGGAGCAGCAGCAGCAGCAGCGGGGGAUGGACAAGAAAGUCGAGCUGGGGCUGAAGGAGAGGGAGGGGGCGCUCAAGGAGGAGUGGAAGCAGAAGCCUUGCCUGCCUCCCACCCUGACCAAAGCCCCCAGCCUGACGGACCUGGUCAAAUCGGGACUGAGCAAGGGCAAGGACCAGGGGCCCGACGCGGCCAAGUCAGUCAUCAUUCCCAAGCUGGAGGAUUCCUCCAAGCUCCAGAGCCAGGCGGCGGAGGGCCUCAAGGGGAAGCUGAGUGAAAGCAGCCAUCUGGGCAAGGAGACGGUGGAGCCCAAGGCCAGUUCGGACUGUGGCCGGCAGACCGAGGUGGACCCGGUGCUUUGGUACAGACAGGAAGCAGAGCCUCGCAUGUGGACCUACGUUUACCCCGCCAAAUACUCGGACAUCAAGACCGAAGAUGAGCGGUGGAAGGAAGAGAGAGACCGGAAGUUAAAGGAGGAGAGGAGCCGCAGCAAAGAGUCGGCGACGAAGGAGGACGGGAAGGAGAGCGCAAGCGCCGACUGCAAAGUGCCCUCCAGCGAGGAGUCGCGCAUGGCGGGGAAGGAGGCCAGGCCCAGCGUCCAUGUGCCAGUGUCCUCUCCCCUCAGCCAGCACCAGUCCUACAUCCCUUACAUGCACGGCUACUCCUACAGCCAGUCGUACGACCCUAACCACCCCAGUUACCGUGGCAUGCCCACCGUCAUGAUGCAGAACUACCCAGGUUCCUACCUUCCCUCCAGCUAUUCCUUCUCCCCCUACGGCAGCAAAGCCUCUGGGAGCGAGGAGAGCGAGAAGUCCCGCGCCAGCCCCAGCAUCGGCUGCAAGUCCAGCUCCGAGUCCAAGGCCCUGGACAUCUUGCAGCAGCACGCCAGCCACUACAAGAGCAAGUCCCCAACGAUAGGCGAGAAGACCCCCCAGGAGCGAAGCGGCUGUGGGGUGGGAGGAAGCAGCGCAGGCUGCAGCAGCGUAGGGGGCACCAGCGGUGCCGAGAGAAGCGUUGACCGGCCCCGUUCAUCUCCUUCGCAGCGCCUGAUGUCCACGCACCACCACCACCACCACCUGGGCUACUCGCUGCUACCGGCCCAGUACAACCUGCCCUAUGCAACAGGCCUCUCAUCGACAGCCAUUGUGGCCAGCCAGCAAGGCUCCGCUCCUUCCCUGUACCCCCCGCCCCGAAGGUGAAACCGGACGUGACGUGACGCGACGGGAUCACCUAGGCGGCACCAAGUCAUGUGACUGGCUCACGUGAGGACACGCUGGGAAUUGCAUUUAGACAUCAGUUGAAUGGUGUUGAUUUGUCCUGCUUGACGGUCCUGCUGUAAUAUGAGGCAGGCUGCUCCCCCUCCCCUGUUUGAACACAAGCUGAGCCCCACCCCCACCCACCCCAUAUGUGUUGAAUUGUGGAGCUGGGACUUGCGGAAAUAUUUAUUCACCUGACUUGGGGGAGGGCGGGGGUCGGCCGGCCUACGUUUCCAGAAUUCCUCUGGAGAGCGGGGACUGUGGGGUGGUGAGCCCAGCAAGGUGCCCUCACAGGACGUUUGGAACACUAGGGAGAGGGGAGUGUGGGCGUGUCGGCCCCGGGUUCUGGCCACAGCUCAGCUGCCCCCGGCCUACAGCCGAGAUGGCCCCUCCACAGAACAGAGGGAACGGUCCAGAUUGACACAUUUGUACUAGUGCUAAGCAAUCCCCUGGCCCGAGCAGCUAGGCAGGCUGCUUCUGCACAGACCACAGGGAAGAGAUGCUUCUCUUGCCUGAAGGGCAGGGGAGAGGAUUUGGGGGGUGGGGAAGCAGCAGCAGGGGGCUGCAGUGAGUGCAAGUGACCAAUGCGCUCCUUGGCUGGGAACAACACUGAAAAUUCUCUGUAGCACUUUUGCCUUCGGGACUGCCGCUCCCUCGUGUCCCCUGAACGGUUUCUCUUUUCCGGGUGUUUUGUUUUUUUUAAAGAGCUCUCCCUGCGGGCAGGACUUGCGUGCUGCGGGUGGCAGACGCUCCUUUGCUCUACAGCACAAAAACGUGACCUCCAGUUCUGCCUAACAGAGGGCCGUCCGGUCGGCUGGCCGGCCGGCCCUGUUCCUGCUGGGAUGGGUCAUUGCUGCCGCCGCUGCCCUAGUGGCCCUCUCUCUUUUUCUCCACUCUGCCGGAAGGCUGCUGGCGACAUCUUUCCUGCCUUCUUCAGGGCCUCCCCCAUUAGCUUCCCUGACAUGGAAAUGGGCAGAUGGGGCUGGUCAAGUUUGAGGCAUGCAGUUUGUCAUUCUUCAGGCCUGCCCUGGUCGUCUUUUCCCUGCCGAGGGAGCAAAGGGCGGGUGAGAUUUGAACGUGGGAGCUCUUGGCUUUGCUAAGAUGGGAUAGAGGGAAGCAAGAACUGGCCACUGGCUGUCCACCGUAGCUGCAGGCUCUGCUUGCCAGAGGGGCGCCCCGGAGCUCGCUCAAGACAGUCAGGGAUGAGCCUGCUCUUGCCAAGCGCCCUGUGGGCUUUUCCUGCCAUUUUACUGCUUCCACAGCAGGGAAGACUCUGCCUGUGGAUCACAGGCCAAGGGCCAGCCCCCCAUGCCAGUGUUCCCCGCUGAAACUUCCAGCUGCACUCUGCCCAUGGUCAUGAAUUUCCUGCCCCCUUUGCUCUCCCCCCUCCCCUGGGCAGCCAAUUCCCUGCAGAGUGGUCAGCUUGAAUUAGCAGUGAGGGCCUUUGAGGAGCCGGAGUUUUGUGCCUGUCCCAACAACGCAAGCUCCCGGCUCAGUCCUUUCUGUUCCUGUUUGUAUGUUGUGUGA